AUGUCGACCAGAAGGGGCGUGGGCUUGGGUGCAUUCACCAACAGAAAUGCCACGGCACAGUCCUACGCUGCACAUGGCUCAAACUUGAAGUUGGCCAACGCAGCCUCGUUGCAAGCACAGCUCGAAGUCUUUCAGUCGCUAUUGCAUAACUUUGCCCUGGAACAUGCGGCAACGAUCAAGUCCAAUCCCACUUUUCGGGCAGAGUUUGCCCGCAUGUGCAAUGCUAUCGGCGUUGAUCCACUUGCAGGCAGCAACAUCAAGGGGAAGAGGGCCGACUCCCUCUGGGCAAAGGUACUGGGCCAUGAUGUGAACGACUUCUAUUUCUCGGUGGCCGUCCGGGUGGUGGAGCUGUGCCAGUCCACCCGAGCUGAGAAUGGAGGCCUGCUUGGGUUGAGGGAAUGUUGCGAAAGUGUUGCCAAAGGCAGAGCUAUCGGAGGAGGCCUGCAAGUGUCAGAGGAUGACAUUCAGCAGGCAGUGAAAUCCCUCGAGCCACUUGGUUCAGGGUUUGUCAUUCUCACCAUCGCUAACAAGCGGUUUAUUCGCUCUGUGCCCAAGGAACUCAACACGGAUCAAUCUACCGUCCUGGAAGUUCUACAACUACUCGGGAAUGUUACAGUGUCUCUUCUUCAAUUAAACUUAGGAUGGGAGCGAGCACGAGCCGAGACUGUCAUACAAGAUUUGCUUGCUGAUUCUCUGGUUUGGGUGGACUUGCAGUGUCGAGAGCCCGAGUAUUGGUCGCCUCAGGGGCUGAUCGACGAGAACGAAUAG